AUGGUAUCAUCAAACGUUGAACCCGACCUCCCAAAGUUCACUACACCCGCCCGGCCACUAACAUGGCUGAUCACGGGCUGCUCUUCGGGCUUCGGCCUCGCCAUCGCGCGGCACGCCCAAGCCAACGGGCAUCGAGUCAUCGCAACAUCCCGCAAUCCAGCCAAGACCCCGGAGCUGAUGCAUGAGAUAGAGACCAACGGCGGGAAAUGGGUGCAGCUCGACCUCGACGACCCCAGCAACGGCAAGGUCAUCGAUGAGCUUGAGGCCGAGGGUACCCCGGUCGAUGUAAUCGUGAAUAACGCAGGGGUCGCCCUCCUACAGGCCGUGGAGCACAUCACCGAGGACGAGGUCCGCGCGCAGUUUGAGACGGUUUUCUUUGGACCGUACCGACUGACCAGGGCCGCCCUGCCUUAUAUGCGCAAGAGACGGUUCGGGAUCAUUGUGAAUAUUAGCACCGGGGCGAGUUUGGAAGGCCGGGAGAGCAUGGGCAUUUACUCUGCGUCAAAGGCUGCUUUUGAUGGACUUACAAAGGUUCUGGCCAAAGAGGUUGCAGAGUUCAACAUACGUACACUCACGGUGUAUCUUGGCGGCUUCAACACCCAAUUUUCUUCUUCGGCGGUGAGCAGCGGCAAAGAACCGCUGUCCGAUGAUUAUGAUGGGACAGUUGUUAGUAAAACACUUCAGUUUAUGCAUGGAGGCAAGUAUGUUGCCGACGGGGACACGUUGAAAGGUGCCAAGGCCGUCUAUGAGGUGGUCAUGGGCGAGGGAGUUGGGGCUGGCAAAGAAGCCGAGCUGAAUCUUCCUCUAGGUCGGGAGAUGGAGGCUCGUGUCAAACUCGUACGAGAUCGCAUGGAUCACUGCUGGGAGGUGUUCGGUGACGUUGCUAGCAAUGUGUACAUUAAAGCAGAGCACUGA